GUCGAAACGAUGCGAAGUCGCUCAAAUUCGCGAUUGCCAGCCAAACGCCAUGACCGGCUCCGUGACCGAGCUGCCGAUGAAGACGGAGGCGAAGGAAGGGGCGCAUGCAGGGACGCUGCAGUUCCAGGUGCGCCAGGGCCGCGAGCGCACCAACUCGGAAGAGACGGCCAUGAUUCUGACUGCGAUGGCAGCCAACAAGGACGACCCAACACCGACCCAGGACGAUGAGAAGGUCAAGGCCGACGACGACGACGAGGGGUGGAGCUCCGAUGGAUCGGACAAGGGUCGUCGUGGCGGGUCGAGUGCUGCCAACCGCAUGAAGUACCAAGCGACCAAGCUCAUCUCGAUCGACGAGCUGCGCGACCACUUUGACCAGCCCAUCGUCGAGGUCGCCCGUCACUUUGGCAUCUGCAUCACGCUCAUGAAGAAGGUGUGUCGGCGCAAUGGCAUCAAGCGGUGGCCACAUCGCCAGAUUCGGUCGCUCACCAAGAGUAUCAGCUCCAUGGAAGCCGCCAUGAUGACGGCCAAUGUCUCGGAACGCGAAAAGUACGAGGAGCAGAUCCGGUCCCUUGUGCUCAAGCGCGACGCGGUGAUUGCCGACCCGAACAAGGAAGUGUCCGUCUCCCUCGCAAAGGCAUCGGUCAAGGACGAGAAGCGCUCGCCACGAAGCGCCGGCAAGCUGCAUGACGACGAGGACGAUCUGCAAGACGACGAGAACGGUGACGACGACGACGACAACAUUGGUGGCAGUCCCGCCGUGUCCCCCAAGACGCAGCCACAGGCGGGCAAAGAUGACGGUGCUGCUCGAACGUUCAUUUUGCCUGCGUCGCACCCGCGCCCGCCACCGCCGCAGUACGAAGUCAAAGGUGGUCGGUGGACGGCGCAGGAGCAUGCGUCCUUUCUGGAAGGCAUCAAGCUCUACGGCAAAAACUGGCGCCGUGUCGCCCAAGUUGUGGGCACGCGCAACGCUGUCCAGACGCGCACGCAUGCGCAAAAGUACCUUCUCAAAACGAGCGCCCACCUCGAGAUCCACCUCGCGCUUCUGAACAAGGCUGCGGUUGACGAGGCGCCGUCAGCGUUCGACAAGCUCCAGGCCCUAGCAGCCAGCGCCCACGAUGAAGUCGUCGGUAGUGGUCUCGACCAUCUCUCGGCUGUUGUCUCCGAGGCCGCGAAGAGCCCGCGGGACAAGCUCAACUUUGCGACACCGCUCGUGCUCUCGGCGUCACCGCGUCGGCUUCCGGGUAACCCGAGCUCGUCGGCCGCGUCCACUCUGCGGAAGCUCGUACUUGCACGCAAGCCCGAUGACGCGUCGCCAUUGCAACCGCUUGCCAAGAAGCUCAAGCCCGUGGCCGACGAGCCAUUGCCGGGCAACGAGAACGCCGUGCCCAACGCCAACUCGGGCUAG